AAUAAAAAUUGCAAGAAAAAUAUAAAUACAUUGGUGAUUCGGUCUUUUUCAGAAAAGCCACACAAAACCCUCGACGGACUGUGAUAUUGCAUCGUCACUACUUUCUUCUUCGACACCGACGACGCAUACACUCUCUUCACCGCAACCACAAUGGCUCAACAAGGCGAAAUUCCGGCACCUGCUCCGCCAACGGAAGAGGACAACAACCGGUCCGCGGCGGCGAAGCGACCUCGUGACGACGGCGAUGCGGAGGCGUCGGGAGGUACCGGCGGCGAUGCACCGUCGCCGAAGCGGCGGCUGAAGUCGGUGCAAGACGUGCUGUUCAGAAUCGUGGUUCCCUCGAGGCAGAUCGGGAAGGUUAUCGGCAAAGUAGGGCAUCGAAUCCAGAAGAUACGAGAAGAGACCAAAGCCACCAUCAAAAUUGCCGAUGCUGUCGCGCGACACGAAGAGCGUGUAAUCAUCAUAAGUUCUAAAGACAGUGACAGUACAGUUUCUGAUGCAGAGAAUGCACUCCAUCAAAUAGCCAGCUUGAUCCUCAAGGAAGAUGACAACAAUACCAAGGAACUGAAAGUUGGUGGAGGACAUUUGGCUGCAAACACAUUGAGGCUUUUGAUUGCUGGUUCCCAGGCAGGUUCUUUGAUUGGAACAUCUGGUCAAAACAUUGAGAAGCUGAGGAAUUCCUCUGGUGCCACCAUCACGGUUCUCGCUCAAAAUCAAUUACCUUUGUGCGCGUCCACUCAUGAAUCUGAUCGAGUGGUACAGUUAUCAGGUGAUGUUCAUGCAGUACUGAAGGCUGUGGAGGAGAUUGGAUGUCAACUAAGGGAUAACCCACCUAAAGAAGUUAUUUCUAUCAGCCCGACAUACAAUCUUGGUUUUAUUCGACAACAUCAACAACACGUGGACCCAUCUUCAGCUGAUUAUGUAACUCUGGAGAUGCUUAUUGCGGAAACAUUGGUUGGUGGGCUGAUUGGGAGGUCUGGCUCCAACAUCUCAAGGAUCAGAAAUGAAUCUGGGGCAACAAUCAAGGUAUGCGGUGGAAAAGGCGAACAAAAACAUAGGCAAAUCCAUCUUGGUGGUAGUACUCAACAGGUUGCUUUGGCAAAGCAGAGAGUCGACGAGUACAUAUAUUCCCAGUUGAUACAAACUGGUGGUCAAAGUUAUAAUGAAGCCGUAGUGAUGACAGCCCUUAAUCCUGCCUUCACAUCUACUACCACACAAGAAGUUCCAGCCUAUUCCACACAACAAGUUCCAGCCUAUUCCACACCACAAUUUCCCGCCUAUCCAGGUCUGUCUUUCCAUGCUCCACCAAUGUAGGUGUAUUUAAUACAGGCCUCUUUUUGUAUGGCCGAUGAAUUUAAUCACCCCUUGAUGUACAAAAUUGUGGCCGAAUGGUGUUUGUGUGAGGUAAUAUUGUAUUGUAUCAAUUGGUUUUAGAACAAAUUUCAAAUAUAUUAUUAGAGAGUAGUAGUAUUUUUUGAUCCAAUCUUGUGUUAAGUGGACCCGAGCUGUGCUUUAAUGCAAACUUUUUAAAGAAUUGCAGGAAAUAAAUUUGAAAAUUUUGUUA